AUGGGGUAUACACCUCAGAAGGCUCUACAGCCAUUUCACCUGGGUCAGAUGGCAAAACUUGCUCUGAUGGCCCAGCACGAUGGCUGCCACUGGUGCAUUUCACAACAUUCCAUUAGCAUGAAGGGUCGUGAAGUCACUGAUGCAAAGACAUUUGCUGCACCACCAUUCCUGCUGAAAAGGGUAAGAGAUGACAAUGAGGCAGACAACCACGAUGACCCUCAUUCAAAGAGGAAUAAGAAGGACCAGGCCUUCCAGGACCCUCGCGCUAAAGAGACGUCAAGCAGUGAUAAUGAAAGAAACCACAGCAGCAUCAAUAACCCAGUACGAGGAAGUGUACCAGAAAGCAGCUUAAACCAGAACAUUGCUGAAUGUUACUCCAAUAUCCCCGAGUUCUCACACAAGGACUAUGCACUGUGCCAAGGCCAAGGUGCUUACUCCAUCGUUAACCAGAUCUUGAAGGAAGCCCAUUUCUACAGCCUACAGAAGAGAGGACAAUCACAGUGUGAUGACCUUGGUGCUUCUCCUCCAUUCUUUAUAAAAAACAAUGACAUUGACUGA